CAGUUUUCAUAAACUGAAGUAUCCGUCGCUAUUAACCACGGCUUCUCGGCAUCGUAUCACAAACAGCAUAUUCACCAAAAGUGAUUUCGUUCCAUUUGUUCCGACAGUCCAAAUUAAAUUGCUUAAACUGCAAUAGUGAAAAUGUGGACCAAGCCAAAAUAGAUUUGACACUUGUAUCAAGGAGUUUGCUGAAAAUUGCCAUAACAUUCGGGAAGGAAAUAUCAACGCUCACGACCAAACGGCCCUUCGGAAGCAAUCUCCAGCAAUCUCAAACAAUCUCAAAUGUGCUCAAAUGUAACGACGGCCAUCUUUCAAUAUGGCGACCACCAGACGGCCAUUUUCCAAGAUGGAGGUCAUUUAUUAAUUGCAAGUACCUAAGAUGGCGUCGUGUGCCGCGUACCCGCCGAGAUGCGGUUCCUGUGUCGCGUGUUUUGACAGCUCGAGAUAGGUUAAUUAUAGCGAGGUUGUGCAUGUCAUUUGAAUCGAAAGGUACGUGAUGUGUGGUAUUUCUUGAAAGGAACCUUGUGGAGCGGUUUAGUACAAGAAGCUGUACGUUUCCCGCGCACAUUUGCUUUCGCUGGAUGAACCCUCAACCCACUCGUACAAUUACGUCUAUUUUUUUUCAUUCUCUCUCCGAUGACCACCCUCUUGGCCCGCUCGGUCGAUUGUUUAUGUCAAGCUCAGUAUUUAUAGCGAGUCGAGUAGACCGUGCCAAAAUAGACUCGACGCGUCCGUUGGGCCAGUGCUUAGCGCUUCGAAUACACGGAAAUAAACGUUGCGUGCGAUCAUUGCGCGCGAGCCUCUUUCUCUGAAGUCGUCGGGUCACUACUCCUUUUGCUCCCUUUCUGGUUGAUCCGCCCCGCACACGGCGGUGGCGAAUUACCUCGGCAAUGGGCUUACCCUGUGACUGGCAGAUCAGUAAGCGAAAUGUCUCACAGCGAGGUCGUUACCUCCUCGAGACGGGACAAUGGUCCGAUUGCAACUUCAUUGUGGGCCAAGAGCCGCACCAGCAAAUUCUCAAGGGGCAUAAGCUUUUCCUCGCAAUGUCAAGUCCAGUCUUUGAGGCGAUGUUCUUUGGUGGUAUGGCUGAGAAAAAUGAUCCAAUCCCGAUACCUGACGUUCAGCCAGAAGCUUUCAAGGCCUUGCUUGAGUACAUUUAUACAGACAAUGUGGAUUUAAGCUCGUUCGAGCUCGCCUGUGAGCUGUGCUAUACAGCCAAAAAGUAUAUGCUCCCAAUACUCCUCGAAGAAUGCACCAAGUUUCUAUGGUCCGAUUUGUCGUCGAAGAAGGCCUGCAGAGCUUAUGAGUUUGCUAAGCUCUUUGAGGAGCCGGUACUUAUGGACAAAUGCUUGCAAAUCAUUUGUAAUAACACAAAGGAUGUGUUGUACGAUCCCAGUUGGGAAGAGGUGGAACUGGGAACCUUGGUCACUGUCUUGAAUCAGGAUAACCUGACGAUAGACUCGGAGAUAGAGCUGUUUGCUGCUGUUGAACGGUGGGCUAAGUCGGAAUGCACUAGAAAAGCUCUUGACUUAACCGAUGGUAAGUCUCUGAAGUCCGUCAUCGGUAACUCAUUAUCCAAGAUUCGAUUUUUGACUAUGACUCCGGAGGAAUUUGCGAAUGGACCCGGAAAGUCGCCGUUGCUCACACAGAACGAGGCCUUUGCCAUCCUUAUGAACAUAUCGUCAAGUGAGAGUAAAUUCCCUAUGCCGGAAGGAUUCUCAAUAAACCUACAAAAGAGGAUGUGUCCAUUCAAGGUGCAAACGAUGAUGGUCAAACCUACUAAAAUGAAUUUUCCUAUGCUACCCUCCGUGACGUUGGAAAUUCCAAACAGUUCUACGUACUCUAAUUUAUCACUGAAUAACGUUGCACCGUUAUUGAAUUAUAAGACACUGCAAGAAUCAAAACUUUAUUGCGAACGAACAUUUAUGCGAGGGACUCAAUGCCUAAAUACUAAUCGUUUAGACUGUUCCGUAACAUUCUGUGUGAACAGAAAUAUUAUCAUAUACGGCAUUCAAGUUCCCACACAAAUUCUUAGGCCAGAUAACUCGGCUCGCACGUCGCUUAUUGCCACACCAUCGAUGUACACUGAAGUAUUGUACGCUCACCUUCUCGACAAAGAGAGUUCUCGAAUGACGUACACGCACAUCACAACGAAAGUUCUAAUUGAAUCAUUAGUAGAAGUUAUCUUCAACCGAUCGGUAUACAUCGAAAAAAACAAGAUGUACAAGAUUGGUGUAGUUUUUGACAAAGAAGGAUGGUAUCCAUUGGGUACGUGUGCUAAAACGAUUACCUGUGAUAAUGUGACCUUCACGUUUAGAGUCGCUGAAAACGACGACAGCAUUCGAGACUGUCUUAUUCGAACCAUCCUCUUCACGCCUCAAUGAGAUCUCGUGCUGAUCACACGGAAGAGAUGGAGUCUACAUUAAAUUUGUGAUACAAAAGAAAAGAAUGAUCUGCCUUAUUUUACUAUACGUGUAUAUAUAUAAGAGUGUAUGUAUGUAUGUAUGUAUGUAU